GACCUGUAGAAUCAAGAACAACUUUCGAUUUAUUUUUUUAUUUACCAACUGUUUUAGUUCCAAAUUAAUGUUUAGAAAUGUUAUUAAUUAAAGGUUUCUGAUUUCAAUGCAUAAUUAUGGCGUAUUAUUCCGACCUCUGUGUACAAUCUGAACAUCUUUUGGCUGACCCCUACCAAACUGAUUAUAGUCAACAGUAUUUGAUUCCAAACCAAGAGGCAGAAUAUGAAGUCCGUAGUACUGUCCUCGUUGACGGAGGAGACAGAUUUGGGGUGGCUUCUGUGGUGUUUGAUAAAUAUGAGGAGUUGAUAUGGAUGGGCAACCAAGGAGGCCAUGUCACCUCCUAUUAUGGGCCUGCCAUGCAGAAGUACACUUCAUUUCAAGUCCAUGAGUCAGAGGAAGUAAGGGAUAUACUGACAGUUGAGAAUGGCAUAUUUGCACUUACCAAAACCUCCCUACGGCAUCAGAUAAGAAGAGGAAUCCCAAAGCACACACAUAAAUCAAAGAGCAUGAGUGAUAUGCAGUGUCUAUACCAAGUGAGCUCUCACAAGUUGCUGAUGGGCGGCCAUCAGGACAAACUUAUUGAUUUGGAUCUCAAUAAAAUGGUUGAAAAUAUUAUUAAAAUUCCAGAAGAAGGUAGUGCAGUCCUCAGAAGCGGUGGAGGGUCUUUAGUGGCCUGUGGCAGUGCCAACGGUAUGGUGUCUCUACGAGACAUCCGGUGUCCCGGCAAGGCUGAACACAGUUUCCGGGCACAUUCUGCCUGUCUGUCUGACCUGGACAUGCAGGGUGAUACGCUAAUCAGUUGUGGAUUUACGCAAUCCGGCGGCGUGGCUGUAGCGGAGCCCUACCUCCUAGUCUGGGACGUGCGGGGCGCGGGGCGGCGGCGCGCGCCCUCCGUUUGGUCUCUUCCAUUGGGCUGGCCGCCACUUCUCCUGCACUUCGUUCCCGCUGUUUCCGGCAGAGCAGUGGCUUUGGGCGGAGAUGGGAACGUAGCCCUACUGCACGUGAACGAGUCACAUAAUGUUGAUCAUUCUGUCUUCCAGGUAGACACCCACAGCGCACACUGCAGCGCUAUGGACGUAUCUUCCACCAGCCAAGCUCUAGUCUUCGGGGAUCAAGCCGGCCACUUGCAUCUGUUCUCCGCUCAGCACAACCAUGAGCCACGGUUUAAUAACUUUUCGAGAGGCACAGAGUUUGCAGAUCCAGAUCCAGGUUUGCCGUUCGUGAGUCUCAACGACACGGGUUUCAAGUACUCCUCCGUCCCACUGCCCCCGCUCGCCUCCGGGAGCAAAUGGCUCAAUGAGAUGCCUGAGGCAUUUUAUAAGAGAGUCUACAGGAAACCGAAAACUAUAGACCCUGAAGUGCUGAAGUCCAUGAAGAUGCAGGGACCUAUAGGAUAUGCGCCAAACCCUAAAAAUACCAGAAGAAAUCAGAUUCCUUACGUUAAUGAUACCCUUGAAGAUUUACAAGCAGUCAGGCACAACGAUUUUGUUCCAAACAUACAACCUAUACCCAAGUGUUAUCUCAAGAUGGACUUUCGUCUAUACAAGCAUGGGGUCGACGAUUUGGAAAUCAACAAGACCGGUCUGCCAGGGCUAGAGGCGACCCUGCCUAACUCCUACUGCAACUCCAUGCUUCAGGUUCUCUACUACAUUCCUCAACUCAAAACAACUUUGCUAGCUCAUACUUGCGCUAAGGAGUUUUGUCUGAGCUGCGAGCUAGGUUUCCUCUUCCGCACGCUGGACGCUAGCGGCGGCUCACCGUGUCAGGCGAGCAACUUCCUGCGAGCGUUCCGCACCGUACCCGAGGCCGCCGCGCUCGGCCUCAUACUCGACCGCGGCGACCAGAAGGCCGACCUCGUCACUCUCAUACAGAGCUGGAACAGAUUUAUUCUGCACCAAAUCCAUUACGAGAUUCUCGAAACUCGUAAGAAAGAGAAGGAGCUAGCGUUUCUCACUCAGAAUUCCAGUCCACCUAAGCCGUCAAGAAUCAGCAGUAGGAUCAACAGACAAGUUGUCAACGGACAAUAUGUUGAGGACUAUCAGUAUACUGAGUUGGAAUUCCUUGGGCCUUCGGAGUACGAGGAGUUUAGAGAGCCCCUAGAAGAUUCUUGGAAGAGCAAUAAUAAUGAUGAAGAGCACAAUCACGUACGGAGUGAGAGUAUCGACGUGAGUAACAAUCACAAUAACACGGACCGCGAAGACUCCGAGAUCUCUCAACUGUUCGCCAUCGUCAGACAACAGCUCAAUAGGUGUUUGAAGUGUAACAAAGAGGAGGAACGUAUGUCUGUAGCGCUGGCAUGCGCGCUGCAAUAUGGCGGCGGCGAGCGCGGGUUCGCAGACUUACUGCGUGCGGCGCUAGCGGCGCGUCGCUCCACGCCCGCCUGGUGCGAGCGGUGCGCGCGCUUCACGCCGACCACGCAGCGUGCGCGCCCGCACAGAUUGCCUCCGAUAUUAGCAAUAAACUGCGGCGGAACGACGGCGCAGGAGAAGGCGUACUGGUCUAAAAGUGUCACCAAAGACGCGACAGAGGCGUUGAAACGUGGACUGACUGGUAAGCCGUGUCGGUACGGCCUGCACUGCGCGCGGCCGGGGUGUAGAUUCAAACAUCCUGACAGAGGUCUCUCCCAAUCCGCGUCUCCGGAUAGCUGCACGCUGCCACACCGCCUGCACGUGCGCCUGCAGGCCGACGGCGACGUGCUCAUCGACGACAAGACUGAUCCCCCUCCCGUGGACAAGCGUGCGGUGUGGAGCGACUCGUACGCACUGACGGCGGUCAUAGCGUGCGUGGAAGACGGUCCGCGACAUCUAGUGGCGUACGUGUCGCGACGCAAGCAGUGGUUCCUGUUUAACGACCUCAGUAUAAUGCCCGUGAGCGCGGAGGAGGUGGUGCAGUUCAGCUGGUGGUGGAAGUCGCCGUGCGUGCUGUUCUACACUAGCGUGGGCGCCGCUCCCCCCUCGUAGCUCACGUGCGGGCUCUGCGCCUCCGGGUGUCAUGGCCCUUGCAUCAACGAUGCCUACUAUUAGGCGAAAGAGAAAUCUACUUUUGUAAAUAUUUUUCUAGAAUAAACGCUUUUUAACGAGAUGAAAGAAAUAACAUUGCAGUGAGCGUUACGGGUGAGCCAAAUUCCUCAGUCGGCCAUUCGCGACUCAUUGCGCUGUAAUUUAACAUAUUUAUUUUAUUACAAGACUACAUGGACCAAAGAGACUGCUAGACACGUAGACCUCAGAAACUAGAAGCCUAGUAAUGUGCCGACACUGAAAUGAAAGCAAUAAAUAUGUUUACCAGAGCGAGUGAUUCACAAUUCUCGUUACGAAACUUACAAUGAUGUGAUUGGUCAAUGUUUAGCGUGGUGUGCGUUUAUUGGCUGCCCGAGAUUUCGAAUUGUGAAUUCUCCUUGGUCAAUUUUAAAUAAUAGAAAUAAGACAAUCGUAAUAAUAUUUUAUACCGCGACAAUAUCUUAUAUUUGAGAAUAAGUGUUCACUGACGCUAUUGCAUCAGUUACCACGUUGAUUUAAAACCGCUUUAAAUGAAGUAAGAAUUAAAUUUUAUUUGUACGACUAAACAUAAUAAUUAUCAUGCUGAAGUU